GACGUCAGUGCCCUAACCAGUGCGAUACGUUCCUGUGGGACGGUCGCGGCCUGCAGAGCUGAACAGACGGCGGCCCUAGAACGGAUACUCCCUGGACCCUGCUCCGGAGCUCCACUGGCGGAUAUGUGGCACGAUUCACGGUGAUGAUACAACAUGUAACCGUUGAGAAGAGAGGUCAACAUACAGCUCAUGAGGAUGUCUCUGUUGAAUUCAUCUCAGUGUGGACAAUAUGAUUCCCACAUGGAAACCAAUUUCGUUGGUGUCUGGAUUGAGUUCUACUCUAGACUUGCUGAUUGAAUGAUAUUGAAAUGAUGCCAUCACCACUUGGACAAAAUAUCAUGGAAAAGCAGAAAUCUGGAGAAUCAAGUACCUUUAUCUGCACUGAGUGUGGUGAUGGAUUCAAGCAGUACUCAAAUGUGCUGGCUCACAUGACGGUUCAUGGACCUUUGGAGGCAUUUUCUUUUGAUGGCUCUUCCAAUGGAUUUGAAGUCCCCCGAGAAUAUGUGCUACAAGAAAAUGGUACCCUGACAGUUGUGAACGAGUUGGCACAAUCCCAUUAUUCAAUGAAACCGGUAUCUCCAGGAGUCCUGCCAUCGCAUUUGCCAUCCCCUAUUAAACCAUUGUCCCCUACUUUAAUUCCACAGCCGUCCCCUCACAGAGAUGUGCUUAGACCAAGGCCCUCAGACUUGACCCUGGACAAGUCUCGUCAAGGCAACUACCGAUGUGAAAUAUGUAGCAGAUCAUUCAACAGCCUGCAGAGUUUACAUCGUCACCAGCAGUAUCGAAACACAGAGCGGGGUUAUAAGUGCACUUUGUGCUGUAAGAUCUUUGAAGGGAGACAUGACCUUAAGAAACACCUCCAGGACCACGCCAAUGAAAGCUUUCACUACUGCAGUCAUUGUGGUAAGCGGUUCCUCAAAAUGGAUGCACUGAAUGCACAUCAAAAAGAAAACCACUUCUCCCCAAAUUCUACAAAAUCCGAGAAUAAGCUGGAAAAAAAGACUGAUAAAGCGUUUUCCUGUAAGAAGUGCAUGCUGAAUUUUUUCUGGAUGUCAGAUUUUCAGACACAUUCCCUCUACCAUUGCAAAGGAAAAGAGCCUGAUACCACCUUUGUAUCUGAAGGUGAAAAGGAAGGGAAAUCUAAAACCCUAGAGGACAUACCACUUGAAAACUUCCACAGCAAUGGCACGUCUAUUGAUGUAGAGAAUGGGGAUCAUAAAAACUUAAUGUAUGCUAAAAACUUAAGGGAUGCUAGGGAUAAGAUUAUUCCAGAAUACUCGUUCACACCAUACAGAUGUGGUUUAUGUGGUGAUCGUUUCCAUAAGUUAACAGAUCUAAAGGAGCAUCAUCUCACCCAUCAGACUCAGGAAGAAAUUGAUCGGUUAAAUCAAGAAUCACAAAAAACUUCAACAAAAAAAAUACAGUCUAAAGGCAGACGUAGAAGUAAUCCCAAUGGCAAGCUGCAUCCUUGCAAGCAUUGUCAUCGUGUCUUUAAUCAUUCUAGUAGUUUAUCUCGGCAUAUGAGAUACCAUAAGGGGACUAUGCACACGUGUGUAUUUUGUGGUAGACAUUUUCCACAACGCUGUGAUUUGAGAAGGCAUGUGGUCAUGUACCACAAAGCUGAACUAGAAAAGAAACCAGCUUUGAAACUCCUGUAUACAACUCCACAAAAUGGACCUCGACCAAAAUCUCUUAAGGUUGAAACAAACCCAAGUUCUCCAGAUGAAAAGACAAAGAGUUCUUCUGAUAAUGAGCAAAACACCUCUCAAGAGCAGCUCUCAAAAGAGAAACAAUCAGGAAAAGCUGGGCGAGUUAACUACAAGUGUCAGGAGUGUGGUAAGAGAUUUGGGCUCCUAUGUGUGUACCAGCGGCACUUGCGUUAUCACAAAAAAGAACCUAUAAAAUGUCAAGCUAAAUUCAAGGACUCUUCAUCUCUUGAGCUUCACCUUCAAAAUCACCCCAGAACUGGAGAAGGAGAUGAUGUUGAACAAACUUCUCACUGUUAUGGCACCAACAGGGACCCUGUCCAAGAAAAGAGAGAUGCAGAGGACAUUGAGGAUGAGUGUAUGGACCAUACUCAAAAUGAUAAAGGAAAUUCUUCCGAGGUUCUUUACGAAUGUACUGAGUGCACCGAGACAUUCACAUGCUUGGAGACAUUUCUUCAACACCAGACCUCCCAUGGCUCAGAAAAUAAUGGGUAAAUACCAUGUCAGACCCAUUGGUCAUUGUUAUUUCCAUCAGUCCAGUGCUCAGGAGCAUUGGUACCUAUAAUGGUAUCGGGGGGGGGGAUAUAUAUGGAGAACUUUGUGAUGGCUAUUUUAUUGAGCUAAUUUUAUACAGUUUCUCUGGCAUGAGGAGAACAUUUCUGUUCAUUGGUAAAUUUUAAACCAAUGGAAGCAGGAAGUACAUCUUGGGUGUGGAGCAAACCAAAUAACCUGAAUGAAUCUCAAAUUUAUAAGAUAUGAUCUACAACAUAUGUCUGACAUAGAAAACAACUACUUUAAACAUUGCAUCCAUCCACAGGCAGUGAUUGUAGAUAAUUUGAAAGUCCCACAAAUUGUUCCUUAGCUAGUACAUUGUUUUUAUUGUAUUUUUUAAUUAGCUACCCAUGUUGUCAAUUGUAUUGCUGCAUUUUUGUAUGUUGUUUACAUAUUGUUUGAGAUUCUCUUUAAUAUAUCGUGUCUUUGUAUCUUCCUUUUUAGAGAACUGCAUUUUCACUGAGUAUAUUAUUAAGCGUGCCAAUAAAAUUGAGCCGAGAAAUGA